AUUUUUGGUCAACAAGUCAUACAUUUUUUAAGUAACUUUCAAUUUUAUAACUAUAACCUAGAAACUUUAAAAGUUUACAACAGGUAAACAUAAGCAUCGUAUUCAUAGACUUAUACAAGGUAAACAAUUAUCGGGCUAUUUUCUAUUUUUAUUAAUGUACUGUAUUGUUUAGAAUCUAAUUUUGCCCUCCAUGUCCACGACGUUGAUCAAUCUUGAAUCUUCUCUGGCAUCUAUCUCUGGGCCUCGGGACUGCUUGAUGAGUCAAUGAGUGUAUGUUUGUAAAAAAAAAAAAGUGUUUUGGUAAAGUCAGCAAAGUCAAAUGAAUAUGAACUCAUUAUUUUAUUCAUUAUCGACAUGGCCUUCAUGUUGAAAGCUUCAACCACCUUAUUUAUAUUAAGCUCACCAUAGACCCACUAACUGCAAAAGCUUACCAGAAUGAAGUAGAAGCACAAUUAGAAGCAUCACAGGAGGAAGUAAACAGGGAAAACAACAUAAAUGAACAGUGGGAAAGGAUAAAAAAUGCCAUGAUAAUAUCAGCAGAAAAAGUAGUAGGAUUCCAGCAAACCAACAAUAGAGUAGGCUGGUUUGAUAAUGAAUGCAGAGAGACUGUGGAAGAAAGAAACAAAGCAAGAAUGAUCAUGUUACAAAGGUAAACCAGAAAGACAACACAGACAUACAAGGAAGCCAGGAGGAAAGCAACAAAAAUGUGUAGGAAGAAAAAGAGGGAAUAGGAAAAAGCUAAACUAAAGGAAAUAGAUGAUUUAUCAAGAGAGGGAAAUAUAAGAGGAAUGUACAUGAAGAUAAAAGAUGAAAAGAAUGGAUACCAAGCCAGACCGCAAAUGUGUGAGAGCCACAAUGGAGAGUUAAUCACAGAAAAUAGUAAAGUACUGGAGAGGUGGGCUGAAUAUUUUGAGGACAUACUGAAUGCAGACAAUAGACAAGAAGAAGAUUAUCAACCCCCACAGGGAGGAACAGACCCUUUUAUAAAAUGCCCAACUCUAGAAGAAACUAAAAAGGUAAUUAAUUACAUGAAAAAUCACAAAGCCCCUGGAGAAGACCUCAUCCCAGCAGAACUGAUUAAAUAUGGAGGAAAAUAACUACACACUUGGAUACAUAAACUUAUAACUAAAAUUUGGCAUGAAGAGAAAAUUCCAACAGAAUUGGAAACAGCAUUAAUAACCUUAAUACACAAGAAAGGCUCCAAACUUCUGUGCACAAACUACAGAGGAAUCUCCCUAUUAUAUGUUACAUACAAAAUACUGACAAAGCUUAUUGCCAAAAGACCACAACCUUACACUGAAGAAAUACUAGGUGAUUACCAAUGUGGAUUCAGGCCUAACAGAUCAAAGACUGAUCAGAUUUUCACCAUCAGAUGCCUAUUAGAGAAAUGCUAUGAAUAUAAUAUACCAGUACAUCAACCCUAUGUGGACUAUAAAUUGAUCUAUGACAGCAUCAAAAGAAAAUAUCUAUAUGAGACUCAGCAGGAGUUUGGAAUACCCAACAAACUGGCAAGACUAAUUCAUGUAACACUAAACAACUCAAAAAGAAAAAUCAAGGUUCAAGGAGAAUAUUCAAGGGAAUUUCAUAUUAGACGAGGCCUAAGACAGGGAGACUCACUGUCUUGUAUGCUUUUUAACCUAACGUUAGAGAGAGUUAUGAGAAACAUACACAUUGACACUCGAGGAUCGAUGAGAGGAUACUUUCUAAGGGAAACUCAAGACCCACAACCAAUGGGCACACUCUACAACCAACCACUUCAGUAUCUUGCACAUGACAUAGCACUGCUAGGGAAAAGUAUUAAAGACAUAUCAAAAUCCUUUAUUGAAUUAGAUGACGCAUCACUAUAAGCAGGGCUGGAAGUUAACAAACAAAAAACAAAAUACAUGACCAUGAUAAGAGAAGAACAAACUGAUAAAGCAAUUAAAAUUACAAACCAGACUUUUGAAAAAGUAAAGCAAUUCAAAUACCUAGGAUCUUUCAUCUUAAAUGAAAGAAACGAAUUACUUACAGAAAUAAAAGAAAAAAUAUCAGCCAGAAACAGGGCAUACACUUCAGUAUUCAGAAAAUACUCAAAAGUAAAAACAUUACAAGAGAAACAAAGAAAACUAUUUAUAAAACUGUAAUCAGACCAGUUGUAACAUAUGCAAGUAAAACUUUGACCGUAACAAAAACGGCAGAAAACCUAUUAAACACAUGGGAGAGGAAAGUUCUCAGGAAAAUAUAUGGACCAAAAAAGGAUGAAUAUGGAUGGAGAAUACGACCAACCAUGAAUUGUACAGUCUAUAUCAGGAUCCCACGAUAGUAGCAGAAAUAAAAAGGGGCAGGCUACUCUGGGCAAGACACUUAUAGAGAAUGCCAAAUGACAUAAAAAAAAUUUUUAAAUUGGGAGGGUGGGGGGUGUUUGUGUGUGUGAUUAUUUGUUAUGGUUUGUGUUCCUCUGGCAACUGCCUGUUCCUAUCAGUGGGUUAUUUCUAGACACAAAUGGUGGAUGAAGGAAAUGCACUAUUACUGUGACAUAGGGGAGUAGAUUUUGUUGCAUUAUAUAGAAAAUGAGAACUUAACUCUUUUUUUGUAACACUCAGACCCAUCAGUAUUUUUUCAAAAUUCCCGGGCUGGGUGUAAAAAACUGCACCUGGUUAAACUCUAGUUACAUGGCCUGGCGCCGUCCUAUCUAAACGAGCUGCUGACGCCUUAUGUACCCAGUAGACAACUCCGCUCAUCCGACAGUGGCAAACUCUUGACACCACGUGUUCGCCUUGAGACUUGCGGAAAGCGCACUUUCGCAUUUGCUGGUCCAACAAUUUGGAACGCCCUUCCACUCGAUCUCAGAAACAUCCAGACACUGGAGUCCUUUAAAACCGAUUUAAAGACACAUUUAUUUCGCAAACACUUUCUGGGAUGAUUGUCUACCAUAUUUUCCAUUUAAUGCAUAUUGGCUGUGUUGCUCACGGUUGAAAUGGGUUGAAAGACUUUGACAUUGUAUGCUUGUAAUUAGUUUUUGCAGUGUUGCGUUUGUUUUAAAUGUGGUAAAUUAUAGAUUUGUUUUUUGUUGACUUUGUACCGCGCUUCGAGCCUUUGGGGAUGAAGCGUGUUUUUGAAAUGAACUUUAUUAUUAUUAUUAUGUAUUUCUUUGUAACAUUAUAAUCAGAGAUUAGGUUAAACAAAUGUGACAUAUCAUAAUAAGAUACUUGAGUAGGCGUAGGAUAUAGAUAGGUAGGCCUUAUUGAAAUGAAUAUUCUUAAAAGUAGAAUUUAUUAGGUAACAGCUGCAGUCUAUAUUAAUUCCAAGAGCCAAGAAUUAUUAAAUAUCAAUAAUAUCUGAUCUUUGUUCCUACAUUGGUAAAAACAAAAUUGGCCAUUGGCCUAUAAGUCAUGGAGUUGGAUGGAUUGCUUCAAAUAUUAUUUAUACCAGCUUCUGUUUCCUUGUAUUUCUUACUAAUAAUAUGUUUUAUAUUUGUGAGUGGUGGAAUUUCGGUCUACUUUUGGAUAAGUUUCAAAUUCCAAGAAUUCCUUAGUGAUGUUUCAAAGGUUAUUGAUGCUGAGCAAAAAUCAAAGUCUAAACAUAAAGAAUAAAGUAAAAGUAAAGAAACCUAAAAUUUAGACUAAGUGUUAGUUCCGGUAAAAUUUAGUCUUAGCAAGCAACAAAAAAUAAUUAAAAAAUAAAAAUAAAAUGCGUAGUUGCAAAAUGAGUAUUCUCUAUAGAGACAAUUGAAAAGCCUUCUCUACAUCAUGUCCUUGUUGAAUCAUGAUACUAAUCUAUGUCAAGCUUAAAUAUAAAGGUAAAUUCUUAAACUAUUAAAUAAGUGUCCCUAUAUACUCUAUAGAGUGUUAGAUUCUUUUUAAAAAUAACUCUCUUGUCCAUGUGGAAAAAAAAAAAAAAGGGUUUUCCCCACCACUUUUUAUUUCUUAUUUAAUGCAAUACUAUAGCUUAAUGCAGUGGUGGCCAAUCUAUGGCAUGCAUGCUGCAUUGGGCCUGCAUAGCCCUCUCUGUUGAGCCAAGUCAAUGCAGCAUCUGAACAAAUGAUUGAUCAGCUGAGCUAGUAGCUUAGCAAGUGUUAAUGCCACCAGGGCAGCUAUGGUUUUUGCAGUCCCCCUCCCCAAAAAAAUCUGCUGUUGGCCAAAAUGCAAACCCCAAAUCCCCCCCCCCCUUUCAAUAUACAGAUUUAUCAGUCUGUGGAUUAAAAUCCAUGGCCCGCAGAAAGAUAUACAGGGUAUGGGUUUUACACAUACUGAACCCUAGACAUAGACAAGUUUGCUAUGGUUUUUGCAGUCCCCCCCCCCAAAAACUCUGCUGUUGGCCAAAAUGCAAACCCCAAACCCCCCCCCCCCUUUCAAUAUACAGAUUUAUCAGUCUGUGGAUUAAAAUCCAUGGCCCGCAGAAAGAUAUACAGGGUAUGGGUUUUACACAUACUGAACCCUAGACAUAGACAAGUUAUUUGCAUGCAUGUAAUAGCACAGGGCAUAUUUAUUGUGCAAAACCAUGCCCAAUGCAAACUUUUACCAUUUGAUAAAAAAAUUUUUUGUCUUAUUGAAAGCUGUGUUAUUCUUUUUUUCUUGUCAGUUAUUGUGACUAAAUUGGAACAUCAGUUUUGAGAUUUUAUUGAAGUAUUGGCACUUGGCGAUAAAUAAUAAUAUGUUCACUUUCUAGGGCAUAAUUAGACCAUUUCAAUGGCUCACUGUACCUAAAUUUUUUCUGAUUUGGCUCUAUACUACAUACAUUUGCUAGUAUUUGCUAAAGCUUAAAACUGGUUCUGUUAGUUUAUGUAUUUUUAAAAAAAACUUUUGUCAAGGUUUAGAAUUUUAAUAAAUAAAUUGCAUUUAUAACAAGUAGUUACAUAAUUUUCUUAGACAGCUAAUGCAUAAAUAUAUAUUACUGUUUUUUUUUCCUAAACAGGGCUGAAAUUGUAAUUUUCUCCAAGACAUUCAAAAAAUUAUAGGGCCAUGAUGAUUCUUAUAAAGUUAUUGAAAAAUAUGACAUUUCUAGAUGCUAAAUUACUCCAUAGAGUUUCUGUGCAAUCGUCCAGAACAUCAUGCCACAGUAUUUCAAGUACUUGGUUCUAUAUUUGGGACCAAAGCCCAAGACUUUUUUCAAAACAGCAAAUAAUUUUCCCUGACACAAAUCACCAUUCUUUUCUUAAAGGACAAAGUGUCCUAAGUUUAUCAAGUAUCUCAUGUCAUCAUCACUGUGGGUUUCACAACAUAACACAGACCAUGAACAGGUCAGCCUCCAGUAUUGCACUGUACAAACAAAGGUCACAUUUAAAUGUGAUGAGCAUCAUACAUCAAAACCUAUUUCAAAAGAGACACAAAUCGAGCAAGAAACAGUCAAGCACUGAUGAAGUGAGUUCUGUUGACCAUCUGAAAAUAAUACUUUUAGUAACUUUCUGAAUAAUAAUGAUCAUUGAACACCAUGUUGAAAUGUUAUAUGAGUUGUGAUUAGGUUAUGUCCCAGUUUAAGUUUUAAGGAACUAGAUGUUCUGAUUGGCGAGUGUGUUGAAAAGGAUUGAAAACAAUAUGGAUGUGACAGGAUAAGGAUUUUAGUAGGAAGAAUAGAGAUGUACAGUUCCAAGCAUAUGUACUUAGAUUAUUUGAGGUUCUAGUGUACUUAAAAUUUACUUUGCAAUGUGUCAUGUUUGAGCAAAAAUUCUCUGUCAGGUUGUAGUAUUAAAUUAACUUUAGAAACACAGUGUUUCACCCUGUAUUUGGGAUGAAGCAAGACUGUCAGCUUUGCAGAUAAUUGAAGCAGUUGUCUAGAAAGAUAUUCUCAAUGCUAAAAGUUUUAGAAUGUUAUUGAUUUUUAAUGUACGGUUUAAAUUAACUAAUUAACAUUUGUGUUCAAAUUUCCUGAAAUUUAAUAAUAAAAAGGAAAUGAAAUAUUAUUGGAAACUAUCAGAUGAUAUGAAAGUUAAAGAUAGCAUUCGAGGCCAGUUACUGGUACCGGUAAAAAUCUCAUAUUUUGACUCUAGGCUUUUAGUUAUAUAUUUGUAUCGCGGAAAGUAGGAGUUUCCCAGUAUAAAUAGGUGUGAGUGUGUAUGCACAAAGGUGAGCAGAAGGACUUUGAAAAUUAUUAUGAGGAUGAUAAUUUUUUUAAGGUAAGAAAUUUAGAGGCUUGUAUUAAGUUGUAUUGUACUAUGGUACUGAAUAAUUAUUUAUGUUUUCAAAUCAGAAUUUGUCAGACUCUGAUGAUGAUGAUGAACUUAACGAGGAUGAUUUUGAUGCACCACCAAAGUUCAAAGUUAUGAAAAUCCAUACACCUUCACUGAGAUCUGAUGCUAUAAUUAGUCAUUCACUAGAUGUGGCCAGAAAGUAAGGGGAUUUUUAAAAAAAAAUUAAAGAUAUUUUAUUACAAAUUUGUACUUGAGAGGGACAGAUGAAUAUUAAAAUGUAAUCCAUGGUAUUAAAUUAUUAUUUUCAUGUAUUUUAUUUAUUUUUAACCCUCUUGAGAUGUUUGGGCCAUCUAAUGGUACAGGGUGGAGUAGCAAAAAAGACGAAUGGCCAAUCUAUCUAUUUCAAGCCUCGAGAUUGGCUGGUUGAUCUUCGUUCCAGCUAAUUAGAUUGCUUCUUACAUAUUCCUGCACAUCCUGGCAUUUUAAUAGCAUCCUCCGUUUGUUUUCUAGAUUUUGUUAUGUUCAGAAAUUUUCUUUUUGUGUUGCAAGUAAUAUUGUAAAAUUCCAUAAUGUCUGACAGUGACACUGAAAAAACUGUCCUUACUGAUUUUGAUAUCAUAGCAGUGAAUCUGACACUGAUGAAAACAACCAGGAAAGUAAUGAAAAUGGUCAAAAUGAUGAUGUUCACAACAAUGUUGUGAACCCUAGAUUUAGUAUUAUGGGUCCUCAACUGGAUAGAGAUGACCCGUCUGAAUUUUUUCAGAAAGCAUAUAACUAUGACCUAUACUACAUAUAUGCCUCAAGACAUAAGCACCCCAUUGAAGUACUUUAUGCUAUUUUUUACAAUAAAUAUCAAUCACUCAAAUGUUUAUGAGAGUGAGUGAGAGAUCAAUAGGUGUGCAGACAACUUUCUCAGUACCGGGUAACACCCAGCUUAAGAGAAGGUCCCUAGGUCAUAAAUGGGGGCAGUUACAGUGAGUGUUUGUUGCAAUUUGAAAAAUAUUAGGGGCCAGGAAAACAAGUGUUUGGACUUAUUCAGGCUUCAUCCAUCAAAAAAAUUCACAAAAUUGAGUUUUUUUGUAAAUUACAAGCCUACAUUAUGCAAAUCAGGUUAGGUCAUUUGCAUAACCGUUGAGAUGUCAGUUUGAUUUAUAAAGAUUGGAUUUAUUUUAUUCAAUUUUCUACAAGAAUAAUAUAUAUUUUAUAAUGGAAAUAGUUUAUUUUAAAACAAUUUUUUGCAAUACUAGUGCCGAGCUCGUAAAAAGUGCUCCAUCUUUUGGCACAGACACCCCAAAAAGGCUCCAUCCUGAAAGGGUUGCAAAGAUUAUUUAUUUCAAGUUUAUAUUUUUCCAAACUAAGUGCAUAUUUUUUUUAUUUAACAUUUAGAGUUAUAAUAUCCUGCAAUUUUUUUCGAUUACCGUUAUAAUACUUUGAAAAGUUACUAUGGUAUUAAUAGUUAAUUUUUAACUUUUUUUUUUUAAACAGCCGAUUAGAAGAAGCUUUCUUUGGUCCUGGAAUUCUUCUAAAUGGUGCUAAAAUGACAAAGAAAGCUGCUAAGGUAUGUCAUUAUUCAAUGAUAAUUUCUUGACACAUUGGAAAACAUCCUACAUAGGUUGGUGUGGAAAUGAAACUGUAUCUACUGUUUUUCAUAUAUUUUACAUAUUUUAAUGUAUAGAGUUUUUCAAUCAUCAUAUUUUCCCUUACAUUUCAUAUGCACACACUUUAAAUUCAUGAGAAAGUAAGCCUGUAAAUUUUAAUAGUGUAGCUGUGGCAGCAGACAAGAAUGGCCGCCAACACUGUCUUGCCGAGAUGUUGUGACUGUAUUGACGAAGCUGUCUGAGACUAGGUUGUCAAUCGAUUGGCUGAAUGAAACAGUCAUGUGCUAAGUCUUAUUCUGUUACUUGAUGAAUUUGUACAGAGUUGAGCAAUGCAUGUUUCUUGUCCAUGAUUAGUUAAACAGAUGUAAGGGACAUGAUUCUAAAAUGAAGUAAAUUAUGUUCUUUUAAAAGCUAAAAACUGUAAUUAUAAUUUACAAAUUGUUAUAACUUAUAUAUGUUUUUCUAAAUUAUAUGUUACAUUUCAUCUGUGUUGCAUCCAUUGUAUGACUUUAGUUUGUAAUUACAUCAUUAUGUAAUUCUAUAUUCUAUUGUUAUAAAUUAAAUAAUCAUUUUAAAAGCUAUUUACACAAUUCAGUUUGACGAGGAACAACAUUUUUCUAUUUGGGAAUUUAAAUAAUUUGUCAAACUUAAAAAUGCUCUACUACCUUAUCUUCUAAAUAACAGAGGCUACCUGAAUGGAAAAUUAUUACUAGUAAUAUACUAAAAGUACAACUAUAAUUUUAAUGUUUUUGUUUUAAAUCUUAUUUUAAGGGAAUUAAAAAAAAAAAAAUUCAUCAAUAUUUUCAACAAUUUGUACAACUUCCAGGUAAAGAUCUGUAUAAUUAGCGUAAACUGUAUGACAAACUCAAUUAUAAAUUUCGUUUAAAAAUUUUCAAAUUAUUUUUCCUAGCAUAAAUGAAAGUAAACAUUGUCAUAUUGUUGAAAGAUUUUCACCAGUUAUUUGUAUAUGCCCAACAGAUGGAUGAGGGUGACUACGUUGAUCUGGUUAUGGAGAAAGUGGAAGAUCAACUAAAAGUCAAAAGAGUCAAGCUUCUUAAAAUUUAUCCUGAGAAAACUUCUAAUGACAAGUUUACAGUGAAAAUCCGAGUGUGGAAAGCACCAUUCUUAGUGGCUAACCCCAAAAAGGAACAAAGAGAUUCAUGACAUUACUUUGUCACACAAAAAAUUAUUGUUAACCAUGAAUAAAAAUAUCACUCAAUAAAAUAUAACUUCAUUGUCUCGAGUAAUAUACUUCAUUUUAUAAUUGAAGCACAAGGCUCUCUGUUGAAUUGUUUGUUCAACUCCCUUUUUUAACAUCACAAUAACAGAUUGAAUUAGUUUUAAUAAUAAUAUUCAGUAAAUGUCGCAAAUUUAAUACAAGUUCGGUUUUUAAUUUAAAUAAAAUAAAGGAUAAAUAUGAUUUUUUAAACAAAAAUGUUUCAAAUAUAAUCCUUCCGUCUUCGCGAGACGAUGGAGUAGGUAAUGUAGUCCUACACUUCCACGAGUAAUGACCAUCUCGACUGCAUUUCUCACAGGAAAAUAUUGAUUUCUGGUAAUAUUUGGCCUUCCGUAUUGUUGUUUUUGUUGCAAGGGCUUUGUUUCGCGCACCUUCUGCCUUUUUUACCCCUUCAUACACUGCUGUUCGCCAGCUGGAACGUUGUUCGGCAAUGCUCUCCCAUUUGUUGAUUUUGAUGUUGGCCUCCCUCAUGCUCCUUUUGCAAACGUCCAUAAAUCUCAGGCGUGGUCGUCAAAUAAGUCUUUUCCUUUUUGUCAACUCUCCAUACAACAGCAUCUUUGAGAUACGGCCUUCCUCCAUUCUCUAUUCAUGUCCUUACCAGCGAAGGCGCCUCUUGCUAAGAGGGGAGAAUAUGCUUAACAUUUUUCCUCGUUCCAAGACCUCCGUGUUAGUGUUAGGCACCUUGUCCUGCCAAUGAAUGCGUAAAAUGCGACGCAGACAUCUCUGACUUUGAUGGAAGCUGUUGAGUUUUCGCUUAUGACUGGUUUAUGUGGUCCACACUUCACGGCCAUAUAGGAGCGUACUAAGCACACAUGCCUCAUAGACACUUAGUUUUGUAUUUUCAGUAAGAUUGAGAUAUUCCACACCCAAUUAUUCAGUUCAGCCACAGUUGCUGCUGCUUUGGCGAUCCCGACGAUCCUGAUGUUUAAAAU